AUGACUACAUCAACGCUACCAUUCCUUGUGUCUGCACCAGGGAAAAUCAUUCUCUUUGGUGAACAUUCUGUAGUUUAUGAAAAACCAGCAAUCGCUGCUUCCACUGCAUCAUUAAGAACAUAUCUUUUAGUCUCUGAAGCAAAUGAACAAGAUUCUGUAGAGCUAGACUUCCCAGAUAUAAAAUUUAAUCAAAAAUGGAGCGUAUCCAAAUUAAAACAAAACUAUGAAUCAUUUAAAGAUGAAUUACUUCAAAAUACGUUAGCUAAGCCAUCAUCAUUAUCAUAUGCUCCUUCACAAGAUUCACAUCUAUCCCCAAUCCUUACUGAAAAACUAAUCCCUCCUUUACUUUCCAAUUUACAACCAAAUUCAAUCCACUAUAAUGCAGCUCUUUGCUUCUUAUAUCUAUAUUUUUCUAUAAACCCUCCCUCUCAGUCCACAAUCCCUAAUUUGAAAUUCACAAUCAAAUCAACCCUACCAAUAGGUGCAGGCCUUGGCUCAUCAGCCUCCAUCUCCGUAACAUUAUCAGCCGCACUAUUACACCUACAAGACCCUACAAACCACUUAAUGAAAAUGAAAGAUAUAAUAAAUAAAUGGUCAUACAUUGGUGAAAAAUGUAUCCACGGUGAUCCAUCAGGAAUAGAUAAUCUUAUCUCCACAUACGGGAAAGCAAUAUAUUUCCAACGGAAUCAUCCAGAAAAUCAAAAAAUAUUAACCACAUUCCCAUUACUUCCUAUGAUUUUAACUUAUACGGGGAUCCCAAGAUCAACUAAAACCUUGGUAAGUGGCGUUAGAUCCCUAUAUAGAGGUAAGAAUACGUUAUGUCAAACUUUGUUAGAUGCUAUGGGGAUCGUUAGUGAAGAUGCAUUGGAAUUGUUCGAUCAUUUCCAAUAUACUCAAAGCGAGUUUGAAGAGUUGUUCCAAUUGGUUAGGAUCAAUCAUGGUCUAUUGGUAUCAUUAGGUGUAUCACAUCCUGGUUUGGAAAGGAUUAGAUGCGUUAGUGAUGAAUUGGGAAUAGGUGAGACUAAAUUGACGGGGGCUGGUGGCGGUGGAUGUGCGUUUACGAUUUUACAAAAAAAUUUGGAACGGGAACAAGUCGUAGAGUUUAAAGAUAAAUUGGAAAAUGGAUUGGGGUAUAAGACUUUUGAAACGGGAUUAGGGGGUGCGGGAUGCUGUUACUUACCAAGGAUGGCAAUGACUAAUGAUGAUCUCGUUAACGUUUUGAAAGUUUUUAGUAAUUCUGUUUCAAAAACUCAACUGGAUUCCACAUUAUUACCUGAGAAAUCCAAUCUGUCAUGGAUUAUUUGA